CGCCUGUCGCAAGAGAGACCUGGCUUCUUGGGCCUAAGAGCAGAGGAGCCCGGCCCCAAUAUAUCAUCACUGGGGUCUUCAGGCCAUUUCAAAUUUCAGCCCCUCCACCCUAACGGCUAAAUCUCUCUCUCUCUCUCUCUCUCUCUCUCUCUCUCUCUCUCUCGAUCUAAAAUUCUCUCUUCCAUCGUCCAGAACAAUCCGUCCCUUCCCUAGAUUUCUUCUGCGACGAAAAUGAAGCACCCUAUGCAGCCAAGAACUACAAUCUUGAGGGAGAACCAUCCCGAGAGCGCGCAGCAGUCUCCGAACCUCAACUCUCUCAAGCAGCGACAGCCGUCCUCUUCGCGAAAGCAGAAGUCUGCAAAGGAAAAUGCACCGCCCUCAGAUCUGACUUCUACACCCGAUCCUUCUCCCUCAACCACCGGAAAACACUUGCCGCCGUCGGCUGGGAAGAUCAAAAGCCCGCUCCCUCCGAGGCCUCCGUCCGCCAAUUCUAAUCCGCACAAGAGGAAACUCAGCAUGGAAUCAGCGCCCGAUAGCUCUCCUCCAGGUGUCUCUGAUUCUGGAGUGAAGGUAAUAGUGCGAAUGCGACCACCAAAGAAGGAUGAGGAAGAAGGAGAGACAAUUGUGCAGAAAGUAUGUAGUGAUUCUUUGUCAAUCCUUGGACAGACCUACACAUUUGAUUCUGUUGCUGACACAGAGGCAACACAGUUGGAUAUAUUUCAGCUUGUUGGAGCACCACUUGUAGAACAUUGCUUAGCUGGGUUUAAUAGUUCAGUAUUUGCAUAUGGCCAGACGGGGAGUGGAAAGACAUAUACAAUGUGGGGACCAACCAAUGCCUUGGUGGAGGAAAAUGCUUCGAGUGAUCAAAAAGGUUUAACGCCCCGUGUUAUUGAGUGGCUUUUUGCUCGCAUAAGUGAGGAGCAAAUCAAGCAUGCUGACAAACAACUCAAGUAUCAGUGUCGCUGUUCUUUUUUUGAGAUUUACAAUGAACAAAUCACUGAUUUGUUGGACCCAAAUCAGAGAAACCUCCAGAUACGAGAAGAUGUCAAGUCUGGUGUGUAUGUUGAAAAUCUCACAGAGGAGUGUGUAUGUACAAUGAGGGAUCUGUCGCAACUUUUAAUGAAGGGAUUGUCAAACAGGAGGACGGGUGCAACAAGUAUAAAUGCCGAAAGUUCUCGAUCACAUAGUGUUUUUACUUGCAUUGUUGAAUCUCGGUGCAAGAGCAUGGCAGAUGGUAUAAGCAGCUUUAAAACAAGCAGAAUAAAUCUGGUUGAUUUGGCUGGUUCAGAAAGACAGAAGUUAACAGGUGCCGCUGGAGAGUGCUUGAAGGAAGCUGGGAACAUCAAUCGAUCUCUUUCACAACUUGGGAACUUGAUAAACAUUCUUGCGGAAGUUUCUCAAACAGGAAAGCAAAGGCAUAUUCCAUAUAGGAACUCGAAGUUAACGUUCUUGUUGCAAGAAUCUCUUGGUGGGAAUGCAAAGUUAGCAAUGGUGUGUGCUGUUUCUCCGGCACCAAGCUGUAAGAGUGAGACCUUCAGUACAUUGAGAUUUGCACAGCGUGCUAAGGCUAUUAAGAACAAAGCCGUUGUUAAUGAAGUAAUGCAGGAUGAUGUGAAUUCCUUGCGGGAAGUGAUACGGCAGUUAAGGGAUGAACUACUGAGAAUGAAGGCAAAUAGCAACCAGACUGACUCAAAGGGAGGGUAUUCAACUGGCUGGACUGCCCGUAGAAGUUUAAAUCUUCUUAAGUUUAGCCUUAACCGGCCAACAAUGUUACAUCAUGUUGAUGAUGACGGUGACGAGGUCAUGGAAAUUGAUGAGGAAGCAGUUGAAAAACUCUGCAAUCAAGUGGGUCUGCAGCAAUCAGCAGGUAGCGAGGAAGACAACAGCACUUUUGAUUUGAGCAAAUCAGAAACUGUUCUAUCUAAUCCAAAACUUGAGGCUUCUAAUGAAGAUGACAUUAAUAUGGAAGAAGCUCUUGAGGAUAGAGAUAUUAAUACGGAAGGAGGAAUGUCUGAACAACUUGCUAAGCAUGAAAACAUGAAUGUUGAUUGCAAUGAAUGUGUUUCUAAUGCUUCAUUUGAUUCUAUGGCUGACACUCUAAGCCAUUGUAAUCAGCAAGAGGGAUCUUAUAAGGAGAUGUUACCCCUGGUGAUUGACAAUAAACAAGGUGGGGAUUCAUUUGUACAACCAGCGGUGGAUAAAGAGCUUCUGACUUCUCCUGUCUGCACAUCACAAAAUGAAGAAUGUCCAAGCAAGCUAGCAUGGAGUGGUCUCAAAUGCACUCUCUCUGAUCCAGUUGGUCAACAUUUUGCUGAUGUUUCAGUAGCAGAUGCACCCAAUAGUUCAGCCAAUGCCUCCUUGGAUUGUAUAUCUCCUGAUCUCAGCAUAGUUCCAUGUGAAGUAUCCCCAGUUCUUAAGUCUCCUAUACCUAGUGUUUCUCCCAGGGUCCAUAAUUGCAGCAGGAAAAGCCUGAAGACUUCAUCUAUGUUGACUGCUUCUCAGAAAGAUUCAAAGGAAGACAGCAGAUUAGGCCCAGACGCACUGCGCAUAUCUUUUGUCAAGUCCAGGAAAAGCUGCUCUCCAGAUGCUCCAUCUAUGCAAACUAGUAAGAGCUUUCUUGCUCCAACUGAACAUUUGGCCACCAGUCUCCAUCGUGGCCUUGAAAUUCUUGAAAAUCACCGCCAGAGUUCAGCUUUAAGGCGGUCAUCUUUUAGGUUUUCUUUUAAUGCUGCAGACAGUUUUAAGCCUGUUUUGCCUGCUGGAAAAGUUGAAGUGGGUGUGCAAACUGUUCCCCAAGAUAAUGAGACAACUGAUGAAGAUAUGGUGGUAUUAUUCUGUCAUAAAUGCAAAAGUAGAACUCGGUUAGAAAUUGAAGAGAGCAAUGAUAAUGCAAGCAUGCAGUUAGUUCCUGUUGAUGGGCUGCAUUCCAAUGGCAAAUCAAAGAAGAAAGUACCUAAAGCAGUGGAAAAGGUCUUGGCUGGAGCUUUUAGGAGGGAAAUAGCACUGCAAGAUUUCUGUGCCAAGCAAACCUCUGAAAUAAUGCAACUUAACCGUUUGGUCCAGCAGUACAGGCAUGAGAGGGAAUGCAAUGCUAUAAUUGGACAGACAAGGGAGGAUAAAAUUCUUCGUCUUGAGAGUCUUAUGGAUGGUGUCUUGCCCACAGCGGAGUUUAUGGAGGAAGAAUUAGUGUCCUUGAUAAAUGAACAUAAGCUUCUGAAGGAGAAAUAUGAAAACCAUCCUGAAGUUUUGACAACAAAAAUUGAGUUAAAAAGAGUUCAAGAUGAACUAGAACGAUAUCGGAAUUUCUUUGAUUUGGGUGAGAGGGAAGUGUUGUUGGAAGAGAUUCAAUAUUUAAGAAGUCAGCUACAGUAUUACGUAGAUUCAUCAUCUGUGUCAUUUCGGAAACAUAGUCCUUUGCUGCAGUUGACCUAUUCAUGUGAGCCAAGUGUGGCUCCCCCUUUAAGUACAAUUCCAGAGUCAACAGAAGAGAGUGCUGAGGCGAAACUUGAACAGGAGAGAGUCCAUUGGACUGAGGUUGAGAGUAAGUGGAUUUCGCUUGCUGAAGAAUUAAAAACUGAACUAGAAGCUAGCCGAUCUCUGGCUGAAAAGCACAAGCAGGAGGUUGAUUCUGAGAAGAAAUGUUCAGAAGAGCUGAAGGAAGCAAUGCAGUUGGCCAUGGAGGGGCAUGCACGUAUGCUUGAACAAUAUGCAGACCUUGAAGAGAAGCAUAUUCAGUUGCUUUCAAGACAUCGGAAGAUCCAAGACGGAAUUAAUGAUGUAAAGAAAGCAGCUGCCAAAGCAGGAGUUAAGGGGGCUGAGUCUAGGUUCAUAAAUGCCCUUGCUGCAGAAAUCUCAGCAUUGAAAGUGGAAAAAGAAAAAGAGAGACAAUAUCUUAGGGAAGAGAAUAAAGGGCUUCGAACUCAACUGAGGGAUACUGCUGAAGCUGUGCAGGCUGCUGGUGAAUUACUUGUACGGCUCAAGGAAGCGGAAGAGGCUGUUGCAGCUGCCAAUAGACGAACUGAAGAGGCAGAGCAAGAAACUGAGAAAGCCUACAAACAGGUUGAUAAAUUGAAGAAAAAGCAUGAAAAAGAGAUUAAGACACUGAAUCAGUUACUCGCUGAGUCACGGUUACCUAAAGAAGCAUUAGAUGAUGGGGCCAAAAAUGGUGCAGGGGAUUCCCAUGGUGCUGCUGGUGAUCAGCGAUGGAAAGAAGAGUUUGAGCCAUUUUUUAAAGAUGAAGACGGGGAAUUGUCGAGGCUUGCAGAGCCCUCAUCAUGGUUCUCUGGCUAUGAUCGAUGCAACAUUUAGAAAUGAAGGUUAAUAGAAAAUAGUCUAAAUGUACUACAAGCAGUCUGUUACAUAACCCCUGGAGUCUAAACAGUUUUUGCCGGCCGCUGGGGUGAUACCAGUAGUUCUCACCAAUUGUGAGGACCAAUGUGUUGGUUCUCUUAUUGUGCUCUGUGUCAUCUUCUCUUACUUUGCGAGUCUCCUUUUAUGGUCUUGUGCAUUGUCUCCCCUGAAAGAAGUGCCUAGUUGAUUUUGGAAUUUCUCCGCCAGAGUAAUUUUUGCUGCAUAGAACUUUCAACUGGCAUUAAGAAUAGAGCUGCCAGUGUAUUUUAUAGGGCGCACCAUCUGUAGAGAAAUGAACCCAUGGAAAGAUCUGACUUUCAAAUAAAAUAAAAUAAAAUGAUGUUUUAACUUUACAGUCUUUAA